AGAUUUUUGUUAAUUCUUUUCGGUAAGAUGGCCGCCUCGCUGAGUGUUGAAAAUAGCAAGGAUGAGGCAAUUCGAAGCCAGAUGACAAAGUUCGGAUGGCUAGAAGGAAAAGGUCUUGGUAAAAAAGAGCAGGGAAGGAAGGAAGCCAUAAAAGUAUCUUUGAAGAACAACAAAAAUGGUCUAGGUCUUGAUCCAAGUGAGCAAUUCGUUUUUCACUGGUGGGAUCACGUGUUUAAUAAAGUCGCAAGCAGCAUCAAGAUAGAGGAGGGUGAAGAAGAGGUAACAAUUUCAAAACAUAAAGAAAAUCAACUUGAAGGUAAUAUUAGCAGUAAAAGGCCAACAAAUGCUACUAAAGGAAAAGAACUACUUUAUGGAAGGUUUGUUAAGAGUAGUACCACUGUCAUUGGGAAUGAGAUGGUGACAAGUGCUUGUAACCAGACCCAAAGCAGUGAUGAAAGUGAUGGUGAAAAGGAUUUUUCAAAUUCAGAUACACUUGAAAAGGCCUUUAAAAUGUCAGGUGGUAUGACAGCACAUAAAGCAGCCAGACAUGGCCACAAGUUGAAUGGAAAACUAAAAAGACUCCAAGACCAAGAAGGUGCUUCUUUUAAUGUAAAGAGCCAUGCAGCAUUGCACGAUUCUAAUCAAGCUAAUUGCCAUGUACAGUUAUCAGAUUCCAGUGAAAAUAGUAAUCAUUUGAAGCCUGUUGGUGAAGUUAUUGAUGGGGAAGUUAAAAAGAUGAAAAAGAGAAAGAAAGACAAGAAAACUGAACCUGUUAUUGGUGAAUUAGAAAGUGUGUCUGGUUGUAGUAAUGUAUGUGGUAAGGCUAGCAAGAAAAAGAAAAAUUUGAAUGAAAAGUCAUUCACGGAAUGUCAAAAGACUCACCAAGAGACUGAAAGUGAUGAUGUUUAUAGUGGAAAACGAAAAGACAAAACAAAAGCUAAAUUGAAAGAGUAUGAACAUUCUUUAAUUGACUCUGAAAAAGGAAGUUCCACUCUGAAGGAAGAAAAUAGGAAAAAGAAUAAAAAAAGAAAAAGAAAAUCCUCACAGUGUGAAGAUAUUGAAAAAGAUCAGAUGGAUAUUUCUCAGGUUCCUGAAACAAAUCAUGAUAAGGAUCCAAAAAAGAAAAAGAAAAAGAAAAAGAAGAAAGAGAUAAUGGAACAUUGUUAAAUGUUUUUUCAAGAAAAUAACAUGUUGUUGUUCAACAAAAAUAUCAUUCUUGCCAGAA